UGGGGGUGACAUCAGCCGCAACAACCCUAACUACCAGAAAUAUUCUGUACGGAAGUAUAUCAGAUAUCAGAUCUCUAUCUAACCACAUCGAGUACAUAUACGGAGUACAGACAGCAAAGCUCGUUUAUUGUAUCUAAUAUAUAGUUAGAAAUAUUCAGUUAUGUCAUUAUAGUCUUAGCUACUUACACGAGCAGUCAUGCACUCGCUAUUCUUGGCCCUGCUGGGGCUCUCCGGCUCCGCCCUGUCGGCGCAACCCGCCGCUCCCAACCCCAUUCCGGCCCCGAUGAGGAAUCUCACCUUUGGCCAGCUUAAUUUCCUCCAUACAACUGAUACACAUGGCUGGCUUGCUGGUCAUCUUCGAGAAGCUUCAUACGCCGCCGACUGGGGAGACUACAUCUCAUUCGCCAAUCAUAUACGUGAAAAAGUCGAAGCCGAGGGACAUGAUUUACUGCUCAUAGACACCGGCGACAGGAUAGAAGGAAACGGUCUCUACGACAGCUCGGAGCCAAAGGGACUCUAUACCGCGGACAUCUUCAAGCAACAACGUAUCGACGUCAUCUGCUCCGGCAACCAUGAGCUGUAUCAAAAGAACUCAUCCGUAGAUGAGUACCUAAUCACAGUCCCCAAUUUUAAAGGCAACUAUCUCGCCUCUAAUAUCGAUAUCACGAAUCCCCACUCGGGAGAGCGCGUCCCCCUCGCCCCGCGUUUCAGGAAGUUCACCACAGAAAAGCAGGGCAUACGCAUCAUAGCGUUUGGCUUCUUAUUCGAUUUCAAACAAAACUAUAAUAAUACCGUCGUACAACCCGUGGAAGACACCGUCAAGGAACAAUGGUUCCAAGACGCCAUUCGCGACAAAGAGGUCGACCUCUUCCUCGUCAUUGGACAUGUUCCUGCCGAAUCGAAGGAAUUCUUAGCCAUCUACAAAGCGAUCCGUGGCAUGCAUUGGGACACCCCGAUCCAGUUCUUCGGAGGCCAUCACCAUAUCCGAGACUAUAUCAAGUACGACGAGAAGGCAUAUGGAAUGGCCAGUGGCCGGUUCAUGGAAACAAUCGGCUUCGCUUCCAUCAGCGGCUUAUCCACAGGAAACAAGAAGUCACCGUCCGCCGCAGCCACCCCAUCCUUCACCCGCAAAUACAUUGAUAAUAACCUCUGGUCCUUCUACCACCAUACCGGCCUCAACGAAACCACCUUCCCCACAGAACAUGGCAAGAAUGUCUCCAAAAUGAUCGAAGAGGCUCGCCACGCCCUAAACCUCGACCACAUCUACGGCUGCUCGCCCAACGACCUGUGGAUGUCGCGCGUGCCAUACCCGCACAACGAAAGUAUAUAUACCUGGCUAGAGACGCAGGUUUUGCCGGACAGCUUUCGUCCAGCACUACGCGCUAACAAGACCGGUAUGGCAAUCGUAAACACCGGUGCGCUCCGCUUCGAUAUCUUCAAGGGCCCCUUCACGCAAGAUUCGGCCUACAUCCUAUCGCCCUUCAUAUCCGGCUUCCGCUACGCCAAGGACGUGCCGUAUAGCAAAGCGAAGCAGGUCCUGGAGGUCCUAAAUCGGCAGAUGAAAAUCCUCGCAGCCAUGCCGCAGUCGACCGUGUCGGCAUCCUCGUUCCUCUCCCCUCCCGAGCAGCAGAGGAUAGCUCAUGAUGUCAUCGUCAACGACGACGGGAACGGCCGGCACCACGCAGGAAAAAUCCAGCUAUCUGCGCCAGGUCAAAUCCCACUCUCCUCGCCUAGAGACGACGAUGACAAUGAUGACGAUGAUGACAACAAGAAACCAAUCCUCACCGACAUCCCGGGCUACACCACCAAAGACGACGCCGGCGACGACGGCGACGACACAAUCCACUCCCCCAUAAACUUCUACCGCAUGCCGAACUGCUUCUCAGCUCUUAUCCCCCCCUCCGCAUCCUCAUCCCCGUCCUCAUCCCCAUCCUGGUCCACAUCCACAGACGUAAAAGCCCACACGGCAGACCCAGAAACCGUCGACCUCGUCUACGUCGACUUCAUUGAGCCAUGGAUGGAUCUGGCGUUUCAGUACGUGGGCCAUGCCAUUGAUAUUCGGAGGGAUACAGAGGUUAUUUUGGCGGGGGAGACGUUGACGACUAUUAUUGUUCGGUGGGUGGAGGAGAAUUGGAAGUGUAAGUAAGGAGGGGGAGGCGUAGGGUUGGUAAGUAGGAAGAAAUGAAGAUAUCUUUUAAUGUUUUGGGCUCUUUUUUUGGUUGGGGGUUUCGGGGUUGCCCAGCGUUUUUUAGUUAGUAUUCAUGGUUAUGUUUCGUUUUGGGAAGAUAGAGAUAUAUAUAUACAUGUUCAUGUUGGAUUUAUGGCAUCUUAGGUACGAUUGAUAUAGUUCGGCCGUUUUGGGAUUCUUUAGCCCCAUAAUAUAGUUUGGUUUACAGAUACAGAACUUUAUGAUUGCAAAGAGCGGGUUCUAUUAGAGAGAGAAUGGAUAGGCGUGUGUCCAUGGCUGCACUUUCUUUCCACACUGGUUUCUGUUCCUCUAUUUGGCCUUCAUUCCGGACUAUAGAAGAUAGCUAGCUAGUAACAGACUCGUGCAUUUUCUUCAUGUAUUUAUUAUAUACAAUCCACAUAAAAAUUUACAAAAGUAUAGAAACAAACACCAAGGUGUAAAGAACAGCCUUCCU